CUACUCAAGUUUACCUGAACUUAGUACGGCGCUAUCUAUAAUACAUACAUGCGAGAAAGAAUCAGAAUACAUGCAUAAAUACAGAUAAAGGCUCAUUCUUAAAUUCAAAAUGUUUCGCCGACUGCCCACAUCCCAUGUUUUUCCUUCCCGUUUCCUCUUCACUGCAUUCCCGUCUCGCAGACCAUUUACCACCACUCGGAUCAACUUGAAUGCCAAUGAAUCCAGUUCAUUCAGAGAAGGGGCAUCCCGAUACAAGGCUUUCGUGAGUCCCUUUGCCAAGGUCUUUCUAGGAGCCAUCUUCACCUACCAAGUUAUCUACUGGACAUGGUUGAAACUUGAGAUGGAUGAGUCGAAGUACACCAAGAAUCAAGAGGUGGCAGCUCUGGAGAAGCAGGCUAAGGAGUUGACAGGCUCCCAGAAAUAAGUCUUCUUCAUCUUAUCCUACGUGAAAAUUGUAUUAUAUAUACCCCGUUAUGUCAAUGUAAGAUC